AUGAGCUACUGCGAGAGCUUGCAAGGCAUCUGCUUGCCGAGCGGCCUGCAGACACUGGAGUUGGGCGGCAGCUUUAAUCAGAGCCUGCUGGGCAUCCGAUUGCCCGCCAAGCUGCAGACGUUGGUGUUUGGCGACAGUUUCAACCAGAGUUUGAAAGCUGUCCAACUCCCGCCCGGCCUGAAGACACUGACUUUUGGCCGUGAUUUCAACCGGUGUUUGGAAGGUGUGGUUCUUCCGAGCAACCUGAAGGAGUUGACGUUUGGGGAUGAUUUCAACCAGAGCUUGGAAGGCGUUCAGCUGCCGAGCAAUCUGCAGACUUUGUCAUUCGGUCAUAGCUUCAACCAAUGCUUGGAAGGUGUCUGCCUGCCGACCAGUUUGUUGAGCUUGCAAUUGGGCUAUAAGUUCAAUCGGAGCUGGAAGAGUGGUGGGUUGCCAGGCGGCCUGCAAGCUUUGACAUGUGGCUUUGACUUCUACCAGAGCUUGGAAAGUGUUCAGGUUCCAGAGAACCUGCAGUCGUUGACGUUUUGCUCGGAGUUCGCUCCGAGCUUUGAGGGUGUGGCGCUUCCAAAUGUGUUGUUUAAGUUCUCCUGCCGCGACAUUCGGGUCAGUGUCCACUCGUGA